AACGUUAAUACUGUAGAAUUUCACACCAGACAACAAAAGCAAUUUUAAAUAGAUAAGAGUAAAGCCAGGGACAGUGUCAGGCAAUCAUUUGGGUCAAUAUAUUUAACAAUACAAAUAGAGAAAAUAAACAUUGAAUCGCUCAUCUCGACGCUUCUAACUAUUGUACACAAUUCUUCUUUUUUUUUAACAGUAAAGAGGCCACUCGGAUGAUAUUUGAUAUUAGAGUGAAAGAGUUAAGUGUUUAAUAUUAAAGUGAAAGCAGACGAUGAAACCAACUUUCGUGUUAAAACCACCGAGAUUUUAAUUAAAGUGCUGUUGCCACGUUAAGCUGCGAUUUUGAAAGACGCGAAUUAAAAGUUUACACAAGUAAAAAAGAAAAAAGAAAAAUAAUAAAGAAAGAAAGGAAUAAAUUACUCCAGAAAAGGAAAACCUCUGAACAAAAGUUGUUUCAGUAAUUAAAAAAAAACUAUAGGACACUAGUUACGAUGCAGCAAGAACCACCUUCGAUAUUACCGUAUAUGAAUGGACCUAUCAUACGUAUGAAACCGGAUGUUCCAUAUAUUGAAGAAAUUCCUGACUGGAUUAAGAAUGGAACUAUAACUUUACAAGGUCAAGCUGAAACAGGACAGAAUGGGUUUUCUAUAAACUUAUCAACCGAACCUUGUUUUGAGCCACUACCAGACACAGCCCUUCAUAUCAAUGUACGAUCACAAAACAAAAUUAUUGUGUUUAACUAUUACAAGAGUGGAAAAUGGGGCACGGAAGAAAGAGUCCAUGACAAAUUUCUCUUGCGGCAAGAUUUCUCCUUUGAACUUACGAUAAUGAUAGCUAAAUCUGAAUUUAUGAUUUUCUUCCAUAACGUCUAUCAUUUAAGUUUGCCUCACAGAAUGGAUUAUAAUAGUGCAAAGUUUCUUGUCAUUAGAGGUUCUGUUCAAAUGCAACAAGUUCGAAUUGAUGGUUCUACAUUAGUUCCUCCUGAUACAUUUAAAUCUGCAUUUCCUCCUAUUUUUAAUCCAAAAAUUCCAUUUAUCUCUAAAAUAUUGGGUGGCUUAAAUCGCCAAAGAAUAAUUACAUUUAGUGGAUAUCCAUCCAAAUUCAAUCCGAGAAGGUUUACUGUGAAUUUCAACACUGACAGAGAUAUUGCUUUCCAUUUUGAUGUUCGCCUUAGUCCUGACUAUAAUGUUGUUCGUAAUUCUUACAUAAAAAAAUGCUGGGGAGAAGAAGAAACUUAUAAACCUUCUUUUCCUUUUCGACCGGGUAUUGGAUUUGAUUUGAUGUUCACCAUUGAACGUUACUGUUACAGAGUUGCUGUCAACAGUCAACAUUUUAUAACAUUCGAACAUCGUAUAAAGGAUAUUGAAACAGUGAAUCAGCUGCAAAUAACUGGUGAUGUUCAUUUGAAUGUGAUGCAGUUUUAUUGAAGAGAUUCAUUUAAUAAAAUAAACUACAUUUAUACACAAAAGAAAGCUGGAAAACUUCAUUUUCCACCCUCUACUAAAUUU